GCAUCCUUUCUCUGCUUUCUUAACAUCAUCAUCAAAACACAGCGGGAUGACGGGAAAUCACGAGCAGAGCAUCUCUCUUCUUCCCGGUUUGCGGUAGAAUAUCGUCAGCGCUUGCGUUAGCGUUUGACUAGCGUAAUGCUACAACAUGAAGCUUUUUCCCUGAUGAAGAGCAGACAUAAUAGCCAGUCUGUGGGAAAACAGUGUAGUUAUCCCGAGCAGAGUCGAGCUGAGCUGAGCUUCUAGCUUUUUGUGUUUUCUUUUUCCAAACAGAUUUUUCAAACUAAACGCUUAUUGAGAGUUUUUUUUUAUUUUAAUUUUUUUUUAUUAUUUUUUUCUCUCUCCCUUGGAUGAUGUGAACAGUUAGUAGUGCUCCAGCAGAGAAGAUGCACAGAUACAAGUAUCCGCCUGACAACAUCAAGGUUGCUGAGGCUUUCCACAUUUAACGCUGUGAGACUAAAGAGGACCGUGUUCACCAUCCAACAGACAUGUGAGAAGAGAUCAACCCAACAGACAUGUCAGCUGACGCUUUACACGUUUCUUCUUUACACUGAUGAACGUCUGUGCCAUCACUGGUAUCGGCACUUAUUUAGAGGUUUGCAGCACUAGCUACUGAAGUGGACUGCCUUUUAAUUCUGGCAUCAGCCAUAGUUUGAUAUUUUGAUGAUGGCCAACUAAACCCUUUACCACAUUUCCAUAUGAGUAUGUUCACAAAGCCACCUUAUUUUAUAGUGUAAAUUGAUCUUAUCCAUGCUUUUCACCAGGAUCAAGGAGUGCUGUGAUAAAUAGAAACUAUAGCAUUUAGUCCUUUUUGUCAUGCAGGGAAUCUCAGGACAUGCCAGAAACAAGCUGGCAGAUCACAUUUUGGGAAAAGCAGGCGUAGGUGAUGGUGUACCUUGCCCCUUCUCAUCAGUAAUCCCAUGACCCCUGCUGAAGUCAGAUAGUUGAGUAUGAACUAACCACAUGUCCUCAUCAGAGAUCUAACAGUAGCCUGAUUUUACCCACAUGUCCGUCGGGAUGAGCGCAUGCCCCUAACCUGGCCACGUCAGCGUUGUCGUGGCUGGCCGUCGCAGGACGGUCGUCUUCCUCUGCCAUGACCCGGCUGAUGUUGGGCCGGACUCUGGAGCGCAUCUGUAAAGGCGUGCUGCUGCUCUGCCUGCUCCAUUUCCUCAUCAUGAUGAUCCUGUACUUCGAUGUGUACUCGCAGCGCUUCGACCUCUUCAGUCGCUUUAACAAUGGCCGCAACGGAUCCAGGAGCAAUGUUAGUGGGGCAGGGAGCGGACAUCAUUAUUACUAUUACAACCUCUCCAGGCCCAACACCACAUUAGCCAGCUACCUGGCCACAGGCGAGCAGCUGGUGCCAAGUGUGCAGCCGGAGAACACUCAGACACCGUCUCCCAAACCACUGCCACCGUGUCCUGAAAACCCGCCUGGCCUUGUGGGGCGUUUGUUGAUCGAGUUCAGUUCCCAGAUGACGAUGGAACGAGUGCAGAAAGAAAAUCCCAAUGUGACCGAAGGAGGCCGAUACACGCCUCCAGACUGUCGGCCCAGAUGGAAGGUGGCCAUCAUCAUCCCGUUUCGUCACAGAGAGAAUCACCUAAAGUACUGGCUCCACUACCUCCACCCUAUUCUCAGACGCCAGAAGAUUGAUUACGGCAUCUACAUCAUCAACCAGUUGGGCGAGGACACGUUCAACCGUGCUAAGUUGUUGAACGUUGGUUAUACGGAGGCUUUGAAGGAUGCAGAGUAUGACUGCUUCAUCUUCAGUGACGUUGACCUGAUCCCAAUGGACGACCGCAACCUCUACCACUGCUACGACCAGCCGAGACAUUUUGCCAUCGCCAUGGACAAGUUUGGCUUCAGGCUGCCCUACGCAGGUUACUUUGGAGGUGUUUCGGGUCUCAGUAAAAAACAGUUCCUGAAGAUCAACGGCUUCCCGAACGAGUACUGGGGCUGGGGAGGAGAAGACGACGACAUUUACAACAGGAUCACUCUGAAUGGGAUGAAGGUGUCUAGGCCAGACGUUCGCAUCGGCCGCUACAGAAUGAUUAAGCACGAGAGAGACAAACACAACGAGCCCAACCCACAGAGAUUCAACAAAAUACAGAACACCAAGAACACAAUGAAGAAGGACGGCAUCAGCUCGCUGACCUACAGACUGGUUCAAGUCAAGAAGUAUCCUCUGUACACGAACAUCUCCGUGGAGAUCGGCAAGCCACCACCUCGGCCCAUUAAGGGCUAGAAGAUGUGAAAGAGAGAAAGUGGACGAUGUGGGGGAGGAUGCAUAUUAACUAGCCUAGUGAGAGGAAGAUGUGAAAGAAGAGAACUUAAAGGAUGGAAAGAAAACUGAGAGUGUCUCACAGGCAUCUGAAAGAAUAUGAAAUUGAAAAUAAGAGAGCAAAACUUGUCACAAGCACAUCAUAGUGUCUCUUUCUGCCUCGUUUCCACUCUAUUCAGCUUGAUAUUUCUCUCUUUUAGGACUCAGGCUCUUUCCACCAACAACUUCUUGAAGCAGACAGUGGGCGCUAUCACACCUGUAACAAUCAAUGACUGCAGAAUGCAUAACUUGUGGACCAAAGGUGGAUUAUCAGUGGCGUCAAACUUAAGUUUUCCUAUCAAACUGGAGGGCAACUGAUGGCAUGUUGACAGCGAGCAUUGACAGGAACUGCUGGUGUGUCACGUAACACUUUCUUAAAUGUUGACGAUGGAUUUCUCAUAACAUCUUAAAACUGUCUCCAUGAGAAAAGAUACGGACUGUUUUCAUGCAUACUUUGAAAAUGCAAGAAAGAAUUAACUCUGUGCGCAUUAACAGCCCGUGGAGGCAAGCUGUAACAUUACCACAACAUGCUGACAUGCAGUGAUGAACUGUGUUACUGUAUCUAACGGCUUGCAUAUCAGAGACAUCAGCGUCUCUUGCCCUGUGAUGCUAACAGACAAUUUGCUUUGGACAUUUUCGUCAGGGAGUCACUUGUUUGGAUCUAAUUACUCAAUCAAACCCUCUGCUAUCAAUUAAUGAAUGUGUAUUGUGCCUGCAUCUACAGCAGAAGACUCAAAUGAGUGCUGGUGACACAUGAACACGCUGAUGAAACACGUUUGUCAGCCGCUACAGACGACCGGGAACUCUCUUUUUGUUCUCUGUUUUUAUACAUAUAUAUGAACUUAAAAUCUGGAAGCAGAAGCUGACUUGUUGAGAGUUUUGCAACAACAGUAAAUAAACUGAAAGGAUGAAAGGGUUUCUCCUGUAUGCCGUGUACUGAAACUAUCUUGGGAGAGCAUUUGAAAUCAAAUGGAGGAACUGAAGAAAGCAGGUCUGAUACAUACUGACAGCUCAGUUAUGAUUUUGACCCCCUGCAGCACAUAAGGAGAUUAUACUUCUGGAAACUUUUUUUUUCAGUUUAUUUUGCUAAUAUGCACUUUAAAGUCAAAGUUGAGCUAAUACUCCUUUAAAAGAUAUUGGAAAUUUACCAUAUUUUCUGCACAUACAGUAUUCCCCUAAGCUCCAGACACCCACUGGUGUUGGUUUUCUUUUAGCUAAUGUCACUGUUAACGCUAAAUUUGGUUGAAAAGUGAGGGGGUGAAAUUUGUUUUGUUUGGAUGUCUUAAAAAUGUUGCAUUUGGUCCAAAAGUGAACGUUUUAUAUCAAAUUUAUCACAUAGACUAAUAUUACUGGACAACCUGUACAGAUAGGUCCAAAAUUUGUUGGGCAAAGACACAUUUUGUCAUUUGUAUACCACCACAGUGGAUUUUAAAUCACCCAAUCCAGAUCUGAUUGAACUGCAGACGUUUUGCAUUAACCGUUUAGGAAAUUCAGGCAUCUUUAUAUACCGUCCCCAAUUUUUCAAAGGCUCAAAGUUAUUUGGAAAAUUGACUGAAAAGCAGUUUCAUGGCAAGGUGAGGUCUGUUAUCUUGUUUUUUCACAAGUGAAGCAGACAUGGUGUCUAAAGUUGCAGCUCUUCGAAGUAAUUUCAAAUAUGAUGCCAAGAGAGAUGUAAGUGCAAGUGAGGGAGACCAUCAUUAUGUUGAAAAACUAAAAUAAAGCUAUCAGUGACACAGCAAAAACUUUUGCCAAAUCAAAAGUGUGGCUCAUUCUUAAAAACAAUGGAUGCACUGACCAGCUCAACUAAAGUGAAUGAUAACACGGAUGUUAAGAAAAACAACUUCUUCUAAUCGUCUAAUCAAAUCAAGAAUGAACUCACGGAGGUAAUGGUAUCAUUGUCAAAGUCCACAAUCAUGAGACGACUUCAUGAAUGGAAAUACAGAGGUCUUAUAAUAAGGUCUAAAACCCCUAAUUACACUUAAGAAGUGAAUUGUAAAGUGUACACACUAUACUCUCUGCUCAGAUUCAACCAAAGUGCAAAUGGAUAAUGACCCAAAGCAACCCAAGAGUUUUUCCUUUAGAGGCAAAAGAAUUAGAGAUUCUUCAAUGACCAAGUCAGUGACCUUAUUUCAGCCCAACAGAGCAUGCUUUGCAGUUAAAUACAAAAACAGAAAGCCCCACAAACAAGCAGCAGCUGAAGGUGGUUGUAGUAAAAGCCUAGCAGAGCAUCUCAAGCAAGGAAACACAGCAUUUGGUGAUGUCCUUGGGUUCUAGACUCCAAGCAGUUAUUGACUGCAAAGGAGUUUCAUGCAAGUAUAAAAAAAUCCUUAAAAUCACGCUGGUUUGGUUAAUUGUUUUUUUGUUUUUUUGUUUGUUUGUUUUUUAAAGUGGAUGCAAUUCCUAAACCAUUAAUGCAAAACUUUUGUUACACUCCUUGAAUUCAAGCUGAAAAUCUGCACUUCAGCCACCUAUUGAUUAAAACCCACUGCACUGUACACAUAAUUGUUAAAAAUCUAGUCUUUGUCCAACAAAUUAUGGACCUAACUCCAAGUGUGUAUACACAUGUAAAUGAUGUUUUUAUUCUCACUGUGUGUUGCAUAGUGAUGGUAUUUGUGUACACCUCUGGAGAGGCUAAACACAUUGUUCCAGCAUGCUGGAGCAGCACAGUAGGAGCAGGAUAAGCGCCGCAGCCUCAUAACGAGAAGGUUUCGUGUUUGAAUCUACUCAUCAUGGGAGGAAGAGCGUCCUUUCAUUUUUCAACCAAUUUUAGACAAUAAAGGGACAUCAAUCCAUUGAUCUGAGAAGACUGCUGUUCAUCCUUUGCUUUUUAACCAAAUCUUGAUGUCGUUCAGACAUCUGGCAAAAUUGUCUCCCGACGUCAUCCCGCCGUCUUUUGAACAGGUUUUUGCUCGGUGGGAUGUCGAAGAAAUGAGCUGUCAGAUAUGUUUUAUGAGAAAAAAGCAGCGUGAAUACAAAAGCUGACUCUUGUAAGAUUUACAAGCAGCUCCAUGGGCAGGACAAGGUGAAAUAACUCUCAAGGUCUCUUUUAAACUUACAAUGUAACUUGGUAGUCAUUUUUUUUUAGUGUCACAAUUCAUUAAUAGUCCGUUGAUACUAUUAAUAUGCCGUUUUAUCUCUCUGCUAUCUCUCCUGUCAAUCGUUUAGCAGGAGACGAUCAUAUCCGGACGGAGGAAAUUAUAAGGUGCUGCUCUUUGGCUGGUGGAAAUUGUUAAUUUUAGGGCAGUAAUGAGAAGUUACAGUUUGAGCAGUAUGACUGACGUCCCUAUUGCUGCUUCAGAUUUUAUCAACAUCAGCUGUCAAGCCUACAUGCUAAACGGUUUCAUCACACAUUCAGAUUUCACAAACGAUGGGCUAAAUUAAUCCUUUUUUUUUAAAGUUCUGGAACUUUUUGUCUCAUGUUUACUUCUGUCAUUUCUUCCAUCACCGCAUUGAAGUCUUUGACUGUUUUGUACUUUGAUGCUUUGCUUUUCUUCUUCCUCUGUUUUCUUUUUCCUGGUCUGUACUGUCAGUGUUGUUAUUGUUGACGCCUAAACGCCAAACUGAUGCCUUUAGAAGUGAUGUGUGCUAAGGGGAAGGGAAGGUUAUCUUGAGUUCUUUCUUUUGGGCAAAGAUGACGCGAUAGAAAUGUGUGUUUUGAGAUUGAAAAUAUUUAAAUGUUUGUUUCGGUGCAAAAAGAGAAGAAAGGAUUUGCAGUAUGUUUUCAUGAAAGUGGCAGGGGGGUUGCAUAAAGUCUUGCGACUGCAAUUUGAACCACAGAGAACAAUUUGGGGCUUUUAUUUUGGUGAAAAUCGAGCACCGUUGGCCUCCUCUUUGGUUAGCCUUGAGGCAAAACUGUUCCCAUCUGUUUGGCUCUCUGUUAUCUUUGCCUCAAGCCUGUUGGAAGGUAUCAAUGCUCUUUUCUGCACACACACACACACACCCGAGCACACAUUCAUUCAAACUGUCCCCCCCACCCCCCCCACCCCCACCCUCGCUCUUUUUCUUUUUACAUCAUCUCCCUUUUCAAUGCCUCUUCUUUUGUACUCUGCCAGUUUAGGUUGUUUGUGGCAAUGGCACGCUGUUGUGCUUUGUGAUGGACCCACUUCAGGCGCAGCCGUGCCUCACAAGGGUGCUUCGACUUUCAAUAGAUAUUGACAGGGCCUCUCUUUGAGUCUGUGAAGUCCCGGCCACUUACUGUAUCUCCAUUUUCUUCUUUCUCUCUUUCUCGGCACACAUCCCCAUCCUUGUGUCUCCCUUCUUUUCAUGUCCUCUUUGCAUGUCGUCAUUUUAUUUUUCACUUUUCACCCUCUCUGUGCUUUGAUUCUUUUUUUUGUUGUAGUUUUUUAAGCUGUAGUCUCCUGGUGAGUUUUUGUGUUGUCAGACUGCACACAGGGGUCAACAAAGAUCCCUUCUCUAAAGUGUUUACAGCUCACGCAGUGCAAUAUUACAGAUUCAUUCUCCUCUAUAUCAUGUUCUUCUUUUAAGUCAUUGUUGAGGGAUGUGGGAUGACAUUUUAAGACAUUUUAAUGCAGUCAUCAUUUUUUUAAAUUUGUCUUAUAAACCUGUUGUGUUAUAUAAACAUAAUCAAAGAUUAAAGGUAGAUAAAAUGAUGGCAUCAAUAUUUUCAUCAUUCUCGCCAUAUCAAAGGGACAGUGCAGCAAUUUAAUGUGCUUUGUAAAGUUGUGGCCACUCAGGCUAACAUAUCCCAGCCGUGCGGUUAGCUUUAAAAUAGAAGUUUAAAAAUCUUUCAUAGAGUUGGUAAGUGCAAUUAGAUAUUUUGGGCAGUCAAGAAAAAACCCUUUUAAAAAUAAUUAAAAUUACUUCCCUGUUUACCAAAAGGUUGAUAAAGAAUUUGACUCAUAUUCGCUGGGUUCAUUUUGCAUGGGCUUAAAAUGUUGUUGCAUGCUCUGCCCUUAACUGUGAGUGGGUUCAACAUCUUUUAAGUCACUUUGAACUAGAGUUCAAAACACAGUUCCAGCUGCCUCGAUGGCAAAGGCAGCGGGAAUUCAUGGGAAUUGUGGUAUUUCAAGCCACGCCUAAAAAAAAAAAUAGACUGAACUGUAAAAUUUGUGGAGUGUCCCUUUAAAUGUAAGAUCAAUUCUUCUGGGAAGCCUUUAUGAGAUGAGUGAGAAGUUGACAGAAAGUUGAAAAAAAGGUAUAAUUUAAAGCAGGAGAGGGAUGGGUGCAGUGCAGUGUGUAUAAAAUGUGGGUUAAGGAUGUAAAAAUGAGCAGAAGAAACUUUAGCAUAAGUAGUAUUUGAAAGAACCACGAGGAGUGCUUGAUGUUUCUUGUUGGACUUUUUGACUUUUGAAGCUGUUCCAGCUGUCAGGUAAACCUGGUGGUUCAACUAUUCAAAGCGCUUUUUUUCUGAUACUUUUUUUUUUGUUCAUCUGCUGCUGACGGCAGACGGGACUUUCAGGCCUGUGGGUGUUUUUAAAGAUUUCCUGUACCUGUAUGUUUUUUUUUUUCUUUUUGUACAUUGAAUGUUGAAAAUGUUAUAUCUUAUAUAGAAUGCAUUAAGUCAUAUCAAACCUACUUUUUCUAUACAAUCAAUA